AUGCCAGUGAACAGUGCAGGUUCAAAUAUCUGUCGAGAGUUGUGGUGUCAAAGCAAACCCAAUGGAUCCUGCUACAGAACAGGAUUUCCAGCAGCUGAUGGCACAUCAUGUGGCCACAAGAAGGUGUGUUGGAUUGGCCAAUGCAUAAAGCAUCAUAAAGUCCCUGCUCCAUCUGAUGGGAGUUGGGGACAAUGGGCUGCUUAUGGUGGUUGCAGUCAAACAUGUGGUCGUGGAGUAGCUGUGUCUGAAAGAGCUUGCAACCGUCCAAAGCCUUCUUUUGGUGGACGUUACUGUGUUGGAAAAAGAAAACGAUAUUCUGUGUGCAAUACUCAGUUAUGUCGACCAGGGUCUCCAAGUUUCUACACACAACAGUGUUCUCAGCAAAACAACAUCCCAUACAAAAACUCACUGCAUGAAUGGCUGCCAGAAAUACUGCCCAAUAGGGAAUGCCAGCUUAUUUGCAAAACCAAAGAUCAACCGGUAGUGGCCAUACUAAAGUCCAAAGUUGCCGACGGCACUAAAUGCAAAGGAAAUGGAGUCUGCAUCAAUGGCCAAUGCCAUAGUGUCGGUUGUGACAAUCGUAUUGAUUCCAAUGCCAAGAUGGACCGAUGCGGAGUCUGUGGUGGUAAUAAUCUCACAUGCGCACUUACUCACUCCUCUACAAACAACAGCAUGCUAUUGGUACUACAUACUUCUUUCAAUAGUGCUAUUUUUGAUACAUAUAAACCAUGUCAUCAAGUGUGUCCAUUUCAAGGUUAUGAAAGAGCUUGUCACUUUCCUGUUGGAGCUCAGCAAAUCGCAGUCAUGGAAAGGCAACCAUCUAUUAAUUUUCUUGCUCUAAAAACAUCCAAAAAAUAUAUCAUCAAUGGUCAGUGGGAAAUUCAGCAACCAAUGACAAUCAAAGUUGCUGGAACAUUCCUGAAGUAUUGGCGACAUGGAAGGCUAGAAUCCUUUACAGCAUUGGGUCCCAUCAAUGAAGACCUCUUCGUCUAUGUCAUAUUUCAAGGCUCCAAUCCAGGUGUAUUGUGUGAGUUCGUAAUCUCUACAGCUGCUCUACCUCACAAUAAGCUACCAACAACUGAGAAAAAACAAAACAGCAGUGGGACAUGGAUUUACAGCCCUUGGUCUUCUUGCAGUACGCUAUGUGGAUCAGGUAUCAUGAUACGAACAGCAAAAUGCAUCAGAGACAGUCAAAUAGUGAACAGCUCAAUGUGUCCCGAUCAGCCAGAGACUGAGACGCAAUGCAAUGUUAAAGUUUGUCCACACUGGAAAACUUUUAAAUGGACAGAGUGUAGCACAUCCUGUGGAAACGGUGUCCAAACUAGACAUGUCAUUUGCCGACACAGUUCUACAUACAGCCGAUGUCCACUCAAUACAAAACCAGUCACCUCAAAGUCUUGCUUCAGGGCACCAUGCGGCAACUGGAUCACAGGAAGCUGGUCUGAGUGUUCAAAACAAUGUGGAACAGGAGUGACAGGUCGAAAAGUCUCUUGUCAGAGAGGACUCUGUGAUCCUCACACUAAACCAAUAGAAAUGGACUUCUGCAAUACACAGCCAUGUCAUACAUGGACAGUUGGUCAGUGGUCAAAGUGUUCUACAUCAUGUGGAAAUGGAGUGAAGAGACGUGUUGUCAAGUGCAUAAGGCAACAAGUAGGUAAUGAGACAUCUUCUAGUCAGUGUAAUGUGAACAUGAAACCAUCACAUUCACAACUGUGUCAUCUCAAAGCUUGUCCACAGCAACUUUCUGUACUCACUGCAGGCAGCUGCAAUGACUCCAAUCCUCUUCUCUGUCAAAAUGUUGCCAGACUCUCCCGCAAAUCGUCUGGAAUCUGUACUGGCCAAAUACUGUCCAUCUGUUGCCAAACUUGCAAAAACUUCCUUCAACCGCUUCGAACUUAACUCCCGUAUGAUAAAUGUAGAGCUGAGCGUAGACUUCUAUUCAUGAAGUGGUAUUGAUUGUGCGCAUUAGGAAAUUCAGACUUGCAAAGAUACUCGCAAAGCGCACACCGACAUAUU